AUGCCCCACACGCGUUCUCAGGGACCAGUGAAGUCGUCGAUUGACAAGUCUUCCUUCUCCACAUCUAGUUCACAGUUUCACGGUCAUGAUGAUGAGGAUGCGCCUGCACAUAUCAACCGUCUCACCCGUCUUUGCAGCACCUUCGGUAUCGAAGGUGUUAAUCUUGAUGCUCGGUAUCUCCAAGUCUUCCCAUUUUCGCUUGCUGGCCGCGCAGUUAUAUGGCUUGAUUCGCAGCCGGCAGGUACUUAUACCACUUGGGCUGGACUUCGAGAUGCCUUCCUUGCUAAGUAUUUCCCACCUGCGAAGGCAUCUCGCCUUCGAGACCAGAUCCAUUCAUUUAGAAUGGAACCUGAUGAACCAUAUCACUUAGCUUGGGAGAGGUUUCAAACUUUACUCUCGCGUUGUUCCCAACAUGGGCUUUCGGAUUGGGCUUUAGUAGAAACAAUUUACAAUGGUCUCACCCCUGAGUGUAAGGUCCGAUUCGACACAUCUGCAGGAGGCCAUCUUAUGGGAAAGAAAUCUGUGGCCGACUGCAAUGAUCUCUUUGAGAGCUUCGCUCAUGCUGAUAUAGAUCAUAGUGCUACCAGCAGGAAUUCCAUUCCUGUGACUACUUCCUCAUCUUCCCGAGGAGUAAACCAAGUCGUCUCGGACUCAAAGAUAGCAUCUCAACUUGACUAUAUCACCAAAGAGUUGUUAGAAAUCAAGAAGAAGGUCGAUAGGUGCGAAGUUUGUAGGGGUGGUCAUGACACCGUAGAUUGCCCAACACUUACCCUAGAACAGGUAGAGUACAUAGCAGGUCAAAAUAGGGGGCCAACUAAUCCGUUUAAUAAUAGUAACUCUAAUUGGCGUGCUAAUAAUUAUCGCUCUUCAAGUAAUCCCCCUGGUUUCCCAUCAGGUCAAUAUCAAAGCAGGGGGCCAGGUUUCUAUUCUAGUGGGGGUUCAGGUCAAACAGACCUUCAAAGACAAGCUGGGGAUAUUGCACGCCAGUUGCAAGAACGACCUCCCGGUCAAUUUUUGGGAAACACAAAGCCCAACCCAUCUGGCACUUUGAAGGCAAUUUCGACCCGUAGUGGUAGGACCUUAGGAGAGGUAGUGAGACCCGAGAGUGUUGAGGUAGAAGAUGAAGAGCCCGUAGAUGAAGAUAUUGAAAUGGAGGUUCCCGGUAAAGUGCAACCUAAGUUAAGCCCAGCAAGUACCGCACACACCGGGGGGCCUCCAGGUGAGAAUAGUAUAGAGAAAUGGCCCAUACAAAUUGUUCCAUCACCCACUGUUGAUCUUUCCCGUGCUCCAUACCCUUCCCGUCUUAAAAAGCAAACUUAUUCUAAAGAGUAUGGAAAAUUUUUAGAGAUCUUUAAGCAACUUAGAAUCAACCUUCCCUUCAUAGAAGCCCUUCAAUCGAUGCCUAAAUAUGCAAAAUUCUUAAAGGACCUUCUAAAAAAGUGUAGGGCCCUAGCCGGUUUAGGAGCGAGUAUAAACCUCAUGCCAUAUUCCAUGUAUGAGAGGUUAGGUCUAGGAGAGUUAUCCCCUACACGUAUGUCUUUGUCCUUAGCCGAUAGAUCAAUGAAGUAUCCAUGUGGCAUAAUCGAAAACCUUAUAGUUAAAGUGGAUAAAUUGGUUUUUCCCGUAGACUUUGUCAUUCUUGAUAUGGAAGCCGAUGAGAAGGUUCCUAUCAUUCUAGGACGCCCAUUCUUGUGUACCGCCAAGGCUAUCAUCGAUGUCUUCGUCGGUAAAAUCACAUUCCAAGUCGGUGAGGAGAGAGUCACUUUCGAGAUAGCACGCUCCAUGGAACACCGUAGUGGUUCCGAUGAUCUUAGUAGUCCCUGUCAUUCAGUCUAUUUCAUAGAUGGAGCCAAUUUAGUUGAGGGUAAGUUAGAUGAGGUAGUUGAGAAAGUAGAGGAAGUUGUGAGUGAGAGUGGGGAAGGAGAAGAGACCGAGUGGGUACCCGAAUUGUUGGAGUUGAGUGAAGUGAAGAGUGAGAUUGAGAGUACACCCUUAGAGAAACCCGCCCCAUUAGAGCUUAAGGUUCUCCCAUCCCACUUAGAGUAUGCUUUCUUAGGUGAGGGGUCCGAUUUUCCCGUCAUUAUUUCGUCUAAGUUAGAGGAGGGAGAAAAGGGUAGGUAG